AUGAGGCCCUUGGAGACUACCAAUAUUUCUGGGUCUGUGAGUGAGUUCAUCCUCCUGGGCUUCCCCUGCCGCAGGGAGAUCCAGAUCCUCCUCUUUCUGGUCCUUUCCCUCAUCUACCUCCUGACCCUCAUGGGGAACACAUCCAUCAUCUGUACUGUGUGGUCAAGUCAGCAACUUCACACACCUAUGUACCUCCUCCUGGCCAACUUUUCCUUCCUGGAGAUCUGCUACGUUAGUUCUGAUGUGCCCAAAAUGUUGGCCAAUAUCAUCUCCCAGACCAAAAGCAUCUCCUAUGCUGGUUGCCUCCUCCAGUUCUACUUCUUCUUUUCCAUGUGUGCUGCGGAGGGCUUAUUUCUGUCAGUGAUGUCUUUUGAUCGAUUUCUUGCCAUUUGUAGACCUUUGCACUAUCCCACCAUAAUGACCCAUCAGCUGUGUGUUUGGUUAGUGAUCUUCUGCUGGGUGGGUGGCUUUCUCUGGUUACUGACUCCUUUGAUCCUCAUAUCUCAGGUGCCCUUUUGUGGUCCAAAUAUUAUUGACCAUUUUCUCUGUGACUUGGCACCUUUGCUGGCAUUGUCCUGUGCUCCAGUAUCUGGGAUUACUCUGACCUGUGGUAUUAUUAGCUCUCUCAUAAUUUUUCUCACCUUCUUGUAUAUCCUUGGCACUUACUUCUGUGUUCUGUGCACGGUGUUACAGGUGUCCUCUGGCGUAGGAAGGCAUAAGGCUUUCUCAACUUGUGCUUCCCAUCUUGCUGUGGUGUCUAUGUUCUAUGGCUCAGUCAUGGUCAUGUAUGUUAGUCCGGGUUCUGGAGACUAUCAUGGGAUACAGAAAUUUGUAACCUUGUUCUAUGCUUUGGCAACCCCAUUCUUUAAUCCCUUAAUCUAUAAUUUCAGGAACAAAGAUAUGAAAGAGGCACUAAAAUUUUUUUGUAUAUGUUAUUGUGGGGACGCUCUAAAGGAUCCAAGAGGUAAAUUAAAUGGAAUCCAUCAUUAA